AUGAUUCUUUCACAGAGCAUUUCACUCAGCGGCUUAACUCUUUGGAAGCUUCAUUUCCUUUCUAUUGUUUUCUUUUCUUUCUCUUUCUUUCUUUCUUUCUUUCUUUCUUUCUUUCUUUCUUUCUUAUUUUCUUUCUUUCACAUUUUUCUUUCUCCUCUUUCCUUUUUACCAUUUAUUCUCUUAAGUUUAUUUUUCCGCAGUCAUUUCCUUUCUAUUGAACUUUUCUUUUUCUUUCUUUCUUUCUUUCUUUCUUUUCUUUCUUUUUUUUUUCUUUCACAUUCACAUUUUCUUUCUCCUCUUUUCCUUUUACCAUUUGUUUCUUUUUUUAGACUCUUCCCUCCCCCGAUUCUCUUGAAUAUUUUCUUAUCUUUCCUUUCUUUUCUUUCUUUCUUUCUUUUCUUUCUUUCUUUCUUUCUUUCUUUCUUUCUUUCACAUUUUUCUUUCUUUCUCCUCUUUCCUUUUUUGAUUUGUUUCUUUUUUAGACUCUCCCCCCGAUUCUCUUACGUUUAUUUUCUUAUCAUUUCCUUUCUUUCUUUCUUUCUUUCUUUCUCUUUCUUUCUUUCUUUCUUUCUUUCUUUCUUUCUUAUUUUCUUUCUUUCAAAUUUUUCUUUCUUUCUCCUCUUUCCUUUUAACGAUUUCUUUCUUUUCUAG